AUGUCCCCUCUGCCCACAAAUGGUGCAUUUCAUGUAAUAGGCCCUCCGUUCCUCCACGGGCGCAGUGCAGUCGAACUCCCAAUGAUCCAGACUGCCGCACUGGCGGCAGGGGCGUUUUGGUUUGAUGGCACGGCUUCAGAGGCUUAUGCUGUGCUCGAUUGGGACAAUCGCGAGUAA